AUGUAUGGAAACCAAAUAUACAGCCUUAAAAUAGAAUGUGGACCUAAAUACCCAGAAGCACUGCCCUUUGUAAGAUUUGCAACAAAAAUUAGUAUGAAUGGAGUUAAUAGCUCUAACGGAGUGGUGGACCCAAGAGCCACAUCAGUGCUAGCAAAAUGGCAGAAUUCAUAUAGCAUCAAAGUUAUCUUGCAAGAAAUUCGGUGCCUAACGAUGUCUAAAGAAAAUAUGAAACUCCCUCAGCCGCCUGAAGGACAGUGUUGCAGCAAUUGA